AGUACACAUGAAACACAGACGAUCUUGACUUGGAACGAGUCCAUGAAAAAGCCAUGCACUUCAUUCAUAAACUUAGCAUUAUCAUUGAAGGCAAGCAUUACACGCAAACAUGGCAUCCAUUGAUUAUGAGCCAAAACUUCUUGCAAUUUUAAGCACCUCAAUUUUCUUGUCCAGUAUUUUUGUAUCUAGUACUGGUCUUGUGGCUGCACUUGAUGACUCGGCCUUGCUAGCAUCAGAACGCAAGGCUUUGGUUGAGAGUGGAUGGUGGAGUGACUACAGCAACCUCACCUCACAUCGUUGCAACUGGACUGGCAUAGUUUGUGAUGGGGCUGGAAGCAUCACUAAGAUUUCCCCACCUCCAGAGUUCCUCAAGGUGGGAAAUAAGUUUGGAAAGAUGAACUUUUCUUGCUUCUCAAACCUUGUCCGUCUCCACCUGGCCAACCAUGAGCUCAGUGGGAGCAUCCCGCCUCAAAUUUCUAUCCUUCCACAACUCAGAUACCUCAACCUGUCCUCAAAUAAUCUAGCAGGUGAGUUACCGUCUUCACUUGGAAAUCUCAGCCGAUUAGUUGAGCUUGAUUUUUCUUCCAAUAAUUUAACCAAUUCCAUCCCUCCAGAACUAGGCAAUCUUAAAAAUCUUGUUACUUUGAGCUUGUCUGAUAACAUCUUCAGCGGCCCAAUCCCUUCGGCACUUUGUCAUUUGGAAAAUCUGAGGCAUUUAUUUAUGGAUCAUAAUAGUCUCGAAGGUGCCCUCCCUAGAGAAAUAGGGAACAUGAAAAAUCUAGAGAUUUUGGACGUGAGUUAUAAUACACUUAAUGGUCCAAUCCCUCGAACAAUGGGUAGUUUAGCCAAGUUGAGGUCUUUGAUCCUUUCUCGCAACGCAAUCGAUGGAUCCAUUCCUUUGGAAAUAGGAAAUUUGACGAACCUUGAAGAUUUAAAUCUUUGCUCUAAUAUCCUAGUUGGUUCAAUUCCUUCAACGAUGGGUGUUUUACCCAACUUGAUUUCUCUAUUUCUUUGUGAGAACCAUAUCCAUGGAUCCAUUCCUUUGAAAAUAGGAAAUUUGACGAAUCUAGAAUAUUUAGUUCUUGGCUCUAAUAUUCUAGUUGGUUCAAUUCCUUCAACGCUGGGUCUUUUAUCCAAUUUGAUUUUUGUAGAUCUUUCAGUCAACCAAAUCAAUGGACCCAUCCCAUUAAAAAUAGGAAAUUUGACGAAACUACAAUAUUUAAAUCUUGAUGACAACAAGAUCACUGGUUUGAUUCCUUUUUCAUUAGGCAAUUUAAGAAACUUGACAACUCUAUAUCUCUCUCACAACCAAAUCAACGGAUCCAUCCCUUUAGAAAUACAGAACUUGACAAAGUUGGAAGAAUUAUAUCUGUAUUCAAACAAUAUCAGUGGCUCGAUUCCUACUACAAUGGGCCGUUUAACCAGUUUGAGAUUUCUAUCCCUCUAUGACAACCAAAUCAACGGAUCCAUCCCUUUGGAAAUACAGAACUUGACAAAGUUGGAAGAAUUAUAUCUGUAUUCAAACAAUAUCAGUGGCUCGAUUCCUACUAUAAUGGGCAGUUUAAGAAAACUAAACCUUUCUCGAAACCAAAUGAAUGGACCCAUCUCUUCAUCUUUGAACAAUUGUAAUAAUUUGACCUUGCUAGAUUUGAGCGGCAAUAAUUUAAGUGAAGAGAUACCCUACAAUCUAUAUAAUUUGACCUCUUUACAAAAAGCGAAUUUUAGUUACAAUAAUCUCUCAGGCCCUGUUCCCUUGAAUUUGCAACCACCCUUUGAUUUUUAUUUCACAUGUGAUUUACUUCUUCAUGGGCAUAUUACCAACGAUUCUGCAACUUUUAAAGCUACUGCAUUUGAGGGCAACAGAUAUUUACACCCUGAUUUCUCAAACUGUUCGUUACCUUCAAAAACCAACAGAAUGAUUCAUUCCAUCAAGAUAUUACUUCCUAUCACUGCCAUUUCACUUUGUCUCUUGUGUCUCGGAUGUUUUUAUCUAUCUCGAUGCAAGGCUACCCAACCUGAGCCAACAUCAUUAAAGAAUGGAGACUUGUUUUCCAUAUGGAAUUAUGAUGGGAGGAUUGCAUACGAAGACAUCAUUGCAGCGACCGAGAACUUUGACCUCAGAUAUUGUAUCGGAACCGGUGGUUAUGGGAAUGUCUACCGAGCACAACUUCCAAGUGGGAAAUUAGUUGCCUUGAAGAAACUUCAUCGUCGAGAGGCAGAGGAGCCGGCUUUUGACAAGAGUUUAAAAAAUGAGGUGGAACUGCUCACACAAAUACGUCACAGGAGCAUUGUAAAGCUUUAUGGAUUCUGUUUACACCAGCGCUGCAUGUUUCUUGUUUACGAGUACAUGGAAAAGGGAAGCUUGUUUUGUGCCUUGAGAAAUGAUGUUGGAGCCGUGGAACUGAAGUGGAUGAAAAGAGCACACAUCAUCAAAGACAUUGCUCACGCAUUAUCUUACUUGCAUCAUGAUUGCAACCCACCAAUUGUUCAUCGAGACAUAUCAAGCAGCAAUGUUCUGUUGAAUUCAGUAUCCAAGUCUUUUGUUGCUGAUUUUGGCGUGGCUAGACUUCUCGAUCCAGAUUCGUCCAACCAUACUGUACUUGCUGGUACCUAUGGAUACAUUGCCCCAGAGCUGGCUUAUACUAUGGUGGUGACAGAGAAAUGUGAUGUCUAUAGCUUUGGAGCAGUGGCGCUAGAAACGUUGAUGGGAAGGCAUCCAGGAGAUAUCCUAUCAUCAUCUGCUCGGGCUAUUACACUGAAAGAAGUGUUAGAUCCUCGUUUGUCACCUCCGACAGAUGAAAUUGUCAUACAGAAUAUAUGUAUUAUUGCAACUCUGGCAUUCUCUUGCUUACAUUCGAAUCCAAAAUCUCGACCUUCAAUGAAAUUCGUGUCUCAAGAAUUUCUAUCUCCCAAGAGAUCACUGGCAGGUCUUGAGAUUUCUUUGCUGGAGCUGCGAACUCUUGGCAUGCACGCAAAUGGAGGUGAUAUCACAGUUCCUAGUUGAAAAUGUGAACUUUGAGCUCACAUUGAAGUUUAUAAUAUUUCUUAAUUUUGGAAGAACUUCUUUCUUUUAGUACAUUAAAUGUCUUUAUAAUAUUUUAGGGUGACAUUGUAUGUAAUUUUAACAAUGCACACUUUUCUCGUGUACUGUAAAAUCAAUUAGAGCAUCACUGUCUAGGUUAAAUUGAAAUCAUCACUCAUCUUACAAUUAGGCAAAUCCCCACUUGAAAUAUGCAGAAGAUAUUUGUUAACUCCAUUUGUGCCUGCAAGCUCUUGUAUAUUGGAUGCCUGAAAGCAGUGUUUGGAGAUUGAUUUUUUUUCUGACUGAUGUGCUUUGGUAUUGAUCAUUUGGCACAGAUGGGAUUUUCAAUCAUCUUCCAAAGGAAUACCACUUCAAGAUUUAUGUCUCAUGUUUGGAACCGAAAGAAGUUAAAAGAGAGAGUUUUUGUUGUCUCAGAGACAUUUACUAACAGAAAAAAUGAUUUCUUCGUAUCAGCCUCUGGUUUAUAAAUAAAAGAAUGGAACCAGGUUUUUAAGUU